AUGGAAAGAGAAAAUCCCAGCAAGGAAGCUGUCCUCAUUACAGGUGGAAGUGGAUAUUUUGGUUUUCGGCUGGGUUCAGCCCUAGCCAAGAGCAAAGUGGAUGUGAUCCUGCUUGAUGUUUCCAAGCCUACCCAAGAGAUGCCCAAAGGUGUGAAAUUUGUGCAGGGUGACGUGUGUGAGAUCCAUGAAGUGGAACAAGCACUCCAGGGUAUGUCUUGUGUCUUCCAUAUUGCCUCCUAUGGAAUGUCUGGCCGGGACCAGCUCAACCCAAAACGUAUAGAAGAGGUGAACGUCAAAGGAACCGACAACAUCAUUGAAACUUGCAGGAAAGUUGGCAUCUCCAAACUCGUAUACACAAGCACAUACAAUGUAGUCUUUGGGGGCCAGGUUAUAGAAAACGGAGAUGAAUCUUGGCCUUAUCUACCCCUCCAUCUUCACCCUGACCAUUACUCAAGGACCAAAGCUUUGGCUGAAAUGAAAGUUCUGGAGGCCAAUGGGACAGUCCUAAAGGACGGUCAGGGAAUUUUGAGGACCUGUGCCAUAAGACCUGCUGGCAUUUAUGGGCCAGGAGAGCAGAGGCAUCUUCCAAGGAUUGUCCACUACGUGGAACAGGGAUGGUUCCGGUGUGUGUACGGGGAUCCUAGCAGCCUGGUGGACUUUGUGCAUGUAGAUAACCUGGUGCAAGCUCACAUUUCAGCAGCAGAGGCUCUGGGUGCCACCAAAAACCACAUCGCUGCUGGCCAAGCCUAUUUCAUUUCCGAUGGGAAGCCAGUCAAUAAUUUUGAAUUCUUUCGCCCUUUGGUGGAAGGUUUAGGAUACACCUACCCUUCUCUCCGCCUCCCUCUGUCCCUUGUUUACUUCUUUGCAUUUGUUACAGAACUGAUCCAUUUUGCGCUGGGACGCCUGUAUAACUUUCAGCCUCUCCUCACUCGCACCGAAGUUUACAAAACUGGUGUGACCCAUUUUUUCAGCUUAGCCAAAGCUAGAAGGGAACUGGGCUAUGAACCUGGGCAUUACAGUCUGUGCGAAGUGGUGGAGUGGUUCCAAAGCCACGGUCAUGGCCAAAAGCUUCGCAGGUCCUCAGAAAAACACUUCGUCCGAAACGCAGCCCUGGUCUUCCUUGCGGCAGUGAUGGUCAUUUUGUACAUCCCAACAUUUUCUUGGAGUUUUUUUUGA